AUGAAUUUGAAUUGUGCUCCGGACGUUGAAAGUUUAUGUUUGACAUUUGAUAAACAUGUUGAUAUAUCAUCGAAGACCGAAGAUUCAGAUCUCGUUCGCAGGAAUUUAUCCACCCAACAUCGACCCCUAACUAUCUCAACACUUGCCCAUUAUUUUGGCCUGCAAUGCGAUGAAUAUCUUCGUUUGACAUUAAAUCCGUCGUCCGAGUCGACGAAAUCGGAAACAUUAACGAGUUUUUUGACAAAACAACGCGGAAUCUCUUUCGAGGAAAAGCUCAAAGCUUACUAUUCAGCAUCGAUUUUAUCAAACGUAACAACUUCGCAGGACUUUUUAUCUUAUCUUCGUUCAGCUCUAUUAAAUCCCGUCAAAGACCUUCGAAUUGGAUAUAAUGUUAAAUUUCCAUGGACUUAUGAUCAGAGUCUGCAAAGUAAUUACAAACCUGAUUUUUUGCUAAUGCGUCAUUCAUGGAAAGAUGGUCAUCGAAUUGAAAUUACCAUCGCCGACGCAAAGUCGUCAGCGCGCAUGCGAGUUGAACAUUGUGUUCAAGUUGCACUUUAUGGAAUUGAUUUACGAGUAUGGAUCGAACGGAAUCAACUCGAUCAACGGGUGUAUAUCAAUAGUUUCGGGGAAAUUUGGUUACCAAAUGAGAAUUCCACAAUACCGUAUGAGAAGAAAACCUUUCCAAUGAUGAAACUACAAGACAAACUUCGAUACUUUCUUCGACAUGAUCUCCAAGAAGUCCUUUCAGGAUCCAAAUGGAUUAUGUUACCACGUUGUUCACUUUGUCCGUAUGUAUCUCGCUGUCGCCAACGUGCGCUUCAUGACAAACCGGAAUCGUUAAAUAAUUUAUCAUACUUAACUCGAACGGACCAUUCGUUGAUUCAUUCAUUUUUCCGAUCGACAUCUGCUUCCUCCAUCGACUUAAACCUCAUUCUUGAUGAAUUGAAUACCAAUGAGAUUUAUUCGAGCGAAAAAGCAAGACUUCAGCAGAUUCUGGCGAUCGAUCCGAAAGAGAAAAAAAGUGCACUGAUCGAAGCACUUCAAACUCGUGAACCACAGCUAAAAAGUCGAACUUCAUUCUUAAUUCCAAAAAUCAAUCAAGAUUUGAUUCUACUUUUUCUCUUUCUAAUACCCAAUCCAUCUCAAUUACAUUCGGUUGCUCUUUUCGCUUAUAAUAUCUAUGAUAUGUUCAAUCAAACAUGGUUUUCUUCUCAGCCAAUCGUUCAAACGUAUCCAUCACCUUCGCAAGUAGUAUGUCUCAUUGCUGAAGCCUUUGAUCAAUUACGAAGAACAUCGUCACGUCCAUGCCAAAUUGUUCUUUUUGACGAACAAGAAAGAACUGCAUUAUUCGAACAAUUAACUCUUGCAUCCGAUUGCGAUUUAAUUGGUGACUGCCUUGUUCUAUUGAGCUCAUCCGAAAAUGCAAUUUUACUUGAUUAUCCACCCGAUGUUAUUCAACAAGAUCGAUUAUUUCGCUCACAUCCACUAUCCAACGUAAAGAAAGAUGAUAUUGAACAGGAAUUGAAUGAUCGUUACGGUUUAAUCGUUGAUAAAACUAAAACUACCAGCAAACUUGAAUUAGCACAACAAUUAAGACAAUUAAAUAAUCAAGAACAAGAAGACGCAAGACGAAAUCUCGUUGGUUUGCCAUGUCUUAUUUCAUUACAUACAGCCAUUCGCCAAUCUUUCGUCGUUCCCACGCCUGGAUAUUUCGAUCUCGAAGAUUUGAAAUCUUCUUUUCAAAUCUCUUUACCGUCAUCGAAACCAACGGCAAUCUUCGAAGCGAUAACCAACGAAAGUGCUGUUGAUGAUCUUGUAAAACAAUAUUUUGACGUUCUCACUAGGCUCUAUUCAAUCAUUCAAACUCGUCUGUCCGAGUCCAAUCGUUUACAAUUAGAAGCAAUUCCACUACCAAUCAUAAACUCAAUCCGAAGUUCGCAUUCGCAUAUUCGUCGUCUAAUAUUCCUUCGUCAAUAUGAAAUGUUAUAUUCGCUUCGUUCAAUUCAACAAGCCCGUUUUGAUAUGAAUGAACCGCCGAUUCUCAUUCGUAUCCUUAAGAAAAUCCCAGUUGACAGAUAUAAUAAUUCAUGGGAGUGUCAAAUCGAACGUGGUCAAGAAAUUAUUUCGAAGAAUUUUCUGGAAGAUGUCACGAAUAAUAGUGAAUUUCGAACAUAUUCAUACUUAAUCUCAAAAGAUAACUAUUCAAUACAAACAUUUCCCGACGCUGUUUAUAUGGACUCAGCUAUCGAAGGUCUUCGUUCUCGUACAAAAUUGAAUCAAUACGGUUUAGCUCACGUUGAACUAAAUGGAGAAAACGGAACGAUACUUCUUCGAAUGAAGCUCGGUGGUCUUUCGUUGGGAAUCAACCAAGAAUAUUAUUUAAGUGAGCGAUAUGUCGAUUUUACUACUAAAAAAGCAAUUCAAGCAUUGGAACAAGUAACACCGUUGACUAUUCAGAUUUUUGAUGAUCCAAGACGAUUAGAAAGGCCAGAAGCAAUUCAAAAAUCGAGUCGCGACUUUCAGCAAGAAAUUACUAAUAUAUUUUCGAAACGAGAACCCUCGAUUAAACCAGAUGGAUUACAUAUGCUCAAUAAAGCACAACAGGUCGCCUGCGAAAAAGUGAAAAAUGAACGUGUCACCCUGAUUUGGGGACCACCAGGUACUGGUAAAACUUAUUGGUCGAGUGUUACUGUAUUUCAGAUGUUGAUGUUUUCGAAAUCUCCGUUGCAUAUAUUAAUCACUGCGUGUACUCACACAGCAAUUGAUAAUCUUCUCAAUUCGAUCAAAUAUGUGAAACAUCUCUUUUCUUCCUCAUCGCAAUUUCCUCGAUGGUGCGAAUUAGCGAAGGAAUUACAAGUUAUGAAAAUUGAUUCGAAGAACUACCGUGAUCUUUUGAAUGUAAACAAAAAGAGUUCUUGGAUUAUUGGAUCGACUGGUUGGACACUACAGAAACUUGAUCGUUCGAUUAUAUUCGAUAUUAUUUUCGUUGAUGAAGCAACACAACUGUUAACAAGUGAUGCUGUUUUAGCAUUAAACCGUUUAGCUGAUCACAGAGAAUCACGAUUGAUCGUAGCUGGUGAUCCUUUACAAUUAUCUCCUGUGAAACGUUGUACUUAUCCAACGUUGCCUCAUCCGACUCCGGAUUUGUUUUCGUCUCUCUUCCAUUGUUUAUUACGCGAUGAAAACAAUAGUCCAAUUUGCUUGCAAACAGAAAAGCCUUUCGAGCAAAUCUCACGUUGUCCAUACUUAUCGAUUUUCGAUGAAAAUCACCGCAUGAAUGAACAAUUGUCAGAUUUUACACGUCUUCUGUAUGGUGAAAAUUAUCGUCAAGGCCGUUCGAAGCCAUUGCUCUCAGUUUGUCCGAUUGAUGAAACGCACGAAUAUCUUUUAGGAUCACUUCUUGAGCCGUACAGUUCGCUUUAUACCAUUCUUGUCGAUUCCUUUCCGUCAUCUUCUUUGUCAACUCGUCUUGACGAUAUUUUUCUCGAAUCGAACCUUGUUUGUUCGCUUGUCGAAGAACUUGUUUUACGUAUAUCACCCUCAUCCAUCUUUAUCAUCACUCCGCAUCGAAUGCAACGUUCUGUUAUUCGACAAAAACUUCCUCAACAUCGAUUUUCUACUGUUUCCAUUACUUGUGAUACGGUAGAACGAAUGCAAGGCAAAGAAGCACAGUGUGUUAUAUUAUGUAUGCUCUAUCGUCAAAGUGAAAUACUCGAAAAUGAAUUAGAUUUUCUGUAUAAUCGGCAACGUAUUAACGUUAGUAUAACACGUGCUCAACAACUAUGUAUUUUAUUAACAUCACAACUAAUGUUCAAUCAACCACCAUUAGACUUAUUUAUCAAUGAAAAUACGAGAAAUGCCUAUACACUUCUGAGUAAUUAUAUAAAUAAGUCCAUAAUACGAUAUUUGGACAACGAAGGAAAUGUCAAAUAA